UUGUAUUUCAGUUCAGAUAAAUGCAAGAAAUAUAAUGGCAGUUCGUCAAAAUUUUCAUGAAGAUUGUGAAGCGGGUAUAAAUAAACAAAUUAAUAUGGAAUUCUACGCAAGUUAUGUAUAUCUCUCUAUGAGUUAUUUUUUUGAUAGAGAUGAUAUAGCUCUACCAGGAUUCCGAGAAUAUUUCAAACAAAUGAGCAAAGAGGAAAUUGAGCAUGCCGAAAAAUUGAUGAAAUACCAGAAUAUGCGAGGAGGUCGUAUUGUGCUCAAAUCCAUUGCGAAACCAGAAGUUGAAGACUGGAAAAACGGCUUGAAAGCCAUGAUGGCUGCUCUAGAAUUAGAGAAGACGGUGAAUCAAGCUUUGCUUGAUCUUCAUACUGUUGCUACUGCUCAUAACGAUGCUAACAUGUGUAAUUUUUUGGAAUCUGAAUUUUUACAAGAACAAGUAGAACACAUCAAAGAAUUAUCAAAUUAUGUUUCGAAUUUGCACCGCGUCGGAGAUGGUCUUGGAGAAUAUUUGUUCGAUCGUGAAACGAUGCACAGUAAAGAUGACAGAAUAUCUUAAAUUUCGAAGGACGUUAAUAGAUGUAACUUCGUUUAAGCGUUCUACUACAGACCCCAUUCGAAAUUUAAGAUAAAAAUUAAAUUUGAAUACAUUAAAUGAUGUUAAUUUUAAUACUCAGAUCAUGUUUAUGCAGGAAGGAAAUAAAUCUCCAUUUCCAUCAGUCAGUUUAAUCCUAAUAUACGGUACACACGAGAUUUGGCGACUUUCGGCUACAUUAUGAUGAGCAGUAAAUGCAGUAUAUAUGAUGAGCAGUAAACGAGUCAUUUUGCUGUCGGCAACAAUUUUCAAAAUGGCGCAAAGUCCGUACCGUAUUUUAGGAUUUUACCCAUCAACCAUUUGAUGCAUUUAAAAAAAUCUCGGUUUGGAUUCAGUUCUGCUCAGAAAAAAGGUAUAAGAAUACGUCAUCUCAUAUUUGGAGGAUUAUAAUAGCGUAUGGAUAUUUCAUUGUUCACAGAUUAGCACACUUCUUGAAUGAUAUGCUUAUUGUUUACGAAUUUUUAACUGAAGUUUGUACUUGUGUUUUAACUGAUUAGUAUUACUAUAUUUAAUUUACAGAUCUUUUAAAAUCCUGCUGGGUCUGCAGUUUAAUUUAUAUUAUUUCAAGUUAAUAUUUCAUUUACUUUAAUAGAUAUCUGUAUCAUUAUUAUAAUUAAUUUAUACUAAUGAUAUAAGUGCUUUUGGUACUUUUAUCUAUCGCACCGAAAAGUCAUGAACUUGUUGGCGAUUUCCCGAAGAAAUGUUAUUCUUGAUAUAACAGUGUGUUCUUUGGCGAGCUUCAAAAUUAUUCGGCAAGCUAAUGCGGCAAAGGUAAGAGGUAUUUUCAGAAUCGCGAUAUCCAAAGGAUUCCAUAAAAAACUCCUCGUACACAACAAUCUUUUUCCAUUAAAAAAAUCAAAAACUCAGUAUCGCUCACAAUUUUGGCAAUGUGCCGUCGAAAAUAGACGUAUGCGCAUACAUCUGGGUUGCAACAUGAAUACGUUUUCGCGAGUUUUUGAUGGUUGUUGUGAAUAAUAAGAAAACGCCUCGUCUUUUGUUAUUGACAUAAGUAGCAAUCGACGGAAGAAAUUUCUACUCUUCAACAUUAGCAGUUUCAUACCAGACGUGUGCCAAAAUAUUUUACUAAAUAUAGAAAAUGAAAUACCAGCAUUAAGAAGGAACCAAUUGAGAGAAAUGAAAUGUAAGCAAAGUAUUUGUCUAGGUAGCAUAUUUCUUUGAUUAAUGCACAAGGUUAAAGUAAGGCCAAGUUAGGUUACAAUGUUAAAAUCAAGGUCACAGAUUAAAGUAUGCGAGAGAAUAACCGCUGUAGUCGCCAUAAACGCAAGCAUGCAUUGUGACAAGCAGAAGCCUUAUGUCGUUUUGUGGGAUGGAGUUCCAUUUGUGUUGUACUUGCUUCAGUCAAAUCAGCAGUGGUCUACGCUGGUUUUGGAUAACACUGGAUUUGUCAUCCAAUCAUCUCCCAUAUGUGCGAAACGGGAGCGUUUAAAAUUGUUGUAUUUGUGCUGCGACGCGCGCUAGCAUCCCCUAUGAGACUAUCUGCGCUGUGUCGCAUAGCGGUAUAUGAAAUAUUUUUCGUUACCAUGGAUAUUGUUGAAAAUAAAAUGGAUGUUCUGAAGAUUUGAAUUUGUGUUUUUAAUUGUUUAUUCGGAUAACAAUUUUUAACUUCGGGUGAUCUCGCAGGCCAAGGCAACAUGUCGACAAACUUUAAGGCACGCUGGAUGACAGCAGUGCUUUGGGGGUGAGCGUUAUUUUGUUAGAAAAUGCCCCUUGGAAUAUUGUUCAAGAAUGGCAGCACAGCCGGCGCAGUCACUUGUCUUAUGUACAAAUUUGUUGUCGAAGUGUGCGGGUUAACGACCAGAGUGCUUGCUUCUAGGGACUUGCUGUUCAAACUUUAACGCCUGGUGUGGGUCCUGUGCGUCUAAGCCACAGACAGCUUGGUUCUAAGCGCUCAUGUGGUCAACUUCUGACCAAUAUACGGCUUUCACAGCACUAAGACGGAAAUGGCCUGGCUAGGAGCUGCUCUUCAAGAAAUCGAUUUGUUACACUUUGUUCUGUCACUCUGGUGCCAACAAAAGCUGGCAUGUCUGUUGCAGAUGCAGAACGAUACUUUAUAGAUAUGCGGCGAAAACGACUAUCUUCUUUUUAAUUGGUGGCUCGUGUGCGGCCAGACCCCAGCCUUCUUGAGGUAGUAGCUUCCCUUGACCUCUUUACGCACCUUAUUUUUUUUUACAAAUAUUUAAAUGGACAAUAUAUUACAAGUACUUCAAAAACAGACGAUGAUAUUCUCGAAUCGUGUAGUAAAAUAAGGAAUACAAAGCAAUAUUAUGAGCCUGGAAAUACUGGCGAUAUAAAGUGUAGACAUGCUUAAUAUGUAGAUCUAAAAGAAUUACUGAGAUACUGUUACCUUUUUAUAGGAACUUAUUUUUAUUUCCUAUUAAAUACAACAUCCAUUUCUAACACUCUUUUUCAAAACAUCAUUUGCAACAAAUUUUGUUAUGUCUAUGUUUAAAAGAAUAUUUGUGAAAAUAAUUAUUUUGCUAAAGUGUAUAAGCGGCUUUUGAUCUUGAACAAAGUUCAAAUCUAAUAAAUGCAAGAUUGUUAGAGAGAAAAAAAAAAAAAAAAACGUAAGCAGAAUGUUGGUGUAUUUAAUGUUGGAAUUUAAUAGUUAAAAAUACUUGUUUCUUUGCGCACCACCUAUUUUUCUCUUGUGUACCAUCAGUAGUACGAGUAUCACCAGCUGAGAAUCGCUGCUUAAACGAUAUACCACUCAGAGACGAACGAAAAAAAAUUGUCUUACCCUCGGCUUGUGUUAUUAAAAUUUUUCGAAUCUACUUGCGCGAAUUCGAAUUUUCGGCUUUGAUAAAUAUAAAAACGAAACCAAGAUCCAGACUUUUAAAUCCAAAUCAGGAAAUUAGAAUAGCGUUAUCAUUUUUACAACCAAAUUUCGCAUUAAAUCAAAUUUCGCAUCAUUAAAUAAACAUACAGCGAUCUCCAGAGCCACUCAGUACUCGCUAGAAACAUUUUGUUUACUUUGUAAUGCAAUUUCAUUUCAUAUUUGAUUGGAAACUAUUAUCCUAUGUU